GCUUGUGUGCUGCUCUGCCGAUGAUCCGGUGCAGCCAGGACUGGGGAGACACCAGGCUUGGGGACAUGAUCGUUGGCAGUGACUGAUGAGACACAUUGGGUUGUUGACAUCCAUCCUCUCAUCUGCCUUGCGACCACAGGCUGAUGGCGCAGCUUGGUGCUGGCGCCAGCCACUGAUGCGCGUGGUGGAAAUCACCCCUCGUCAGCGAGUCAGCAGCGUAUGCAAUGGAGACGGCAGCGACGCCAUCGCCAUGGUGAAUCACGCUGGUCCCCUCGCUUCUUCGUAUAUCUGGAGCAAAGUACAAAAUCGACCUCGCUCCGGACCCCAACCCCUCUCGAGUGGACCGAACUCCGGCAUGCGAUGAAUGCAGGGACUGCAAAGACCCGCUCUUUUUGUCAGUGAACCGGCACUUCGGCAGGU